CAGUUGGACUCGGAAGCUGUUCGGAGGAAACAGAGGGAUGUGGCUGCAGACGGUGUUGGUGCCUCUUCUCAGGCUGUAUUUAUGCGGAGUUAAAGUUCUUAUCUAUCAAAUGUUCAACAGAUCUUUUACGUUACCAGGUGCGCAAUAAGUGAACGCAUCCAAGUGGAUUGCUUACUGAAGGAACCAAUGGAGGGUAAAGGUUCAGGACCUUCAUGCUCUGGCCUCAAUCUGGUCGCACACCCCCGUGCAAAAAGCAAAGUCUGGAAAUACUUUGGCUUUGACACAGAUGCAGAUGGUUGCAUAUUGCACUGGAAACGGAUAUACUGUCGUGUAUGUAUGAGUCAAAUCGCUUACUCUGGAAACACCUCCAAUCUGUCUUACCACCUUGAAAAAAAUCACCCUGUAGAAUUCAGUGAGUUUGUGAAGAGCAACACAGAUCAGAUGCGUGAGGCAUUCGCCACAGCAUUCUCCAGGAUAAAGACUGAGCCUUCAGGUCUAUAUGUUCAGCAACAAUCCCAGGACACAAACUUAAGGCAGAGCUUAGACUAUGAAAACCGACGACACAAUGAUCUGACUGCUGCUGUCAUCAACUUUAUCUGCGAGGGGUUGUACCCAGUAUCUGUAGUUGAAGAGCCUACUUUCAAGACCUUAAUGAGUACCAUUGAUCCUGGGUACUCUCCACCAAGCAAAAGCGACUUGGUGGUUAAAAUGCUUCCUCAGAUGUAUUGCCGUGCCCGUGACAUGGUCUUUAAUGAGCUCACUGGGGUUGUAAACUGUGGUGUUACUACAGAUCUUUGGCAGAGCCAAACACAGAAUAGAACGUACAUUUCACUCUCUAUGCAUUCAGUUAAUUACAGCAGUACAAAUGGGUUCUCAGUGAUCAACAAGUGCCUUAAAACUUUUGAAGUACAAGAGGACAACACAGCUGAGAAUAUCACCAGAGCGAUGUAUGAAGCCUUUGUUGAAUGGGAGAUAACUCAUAAAGUCAGCGGUGCCACAACAAAUGGUUCAGUGGACAUUGUCAAAGCAUGCUCGCUCCUGGAACUGUCAGUGGAAAUGCCUUGCCUUGGACAUACCAUUAAUCGUGCAAUGGAUGAAGCCUUCCAGCUCCCGAGAGUCGACAGCUUUUUGGGAUGUUGCCGCAAACUUGUUGAUCAUUUCAGAGAACCGUCAAUGUAUCUGCUGAAAGAUAAACAGAAGCAACAUGGCCUUGCUCAGUGUACACUCAUAACAGACAGGGGUAGGUCUUGGUUGGCCACUUUAGCAAUGGUACAAAGACUGAAAGAACAGCAGGUUGCUGUAACUGCAACACUUAGAGAAAGUUCCAGCAGCCAUCAUUUCAGCUUUGAUGGCCCCGACUGGGCCUUGGUAGAGGGCUUGAUUGAAAUACUCCAGCCUUUUAAAGUUGUGGCAAACAUGAUAACUUCUUGCAGGUACCCAACUAUUAGCAUGGUUAGGCCUGUGCUUCAUAUGCUGUUGAACACCACCCUCAAGGUCAAGGAAGGGGACCUCAAAGAGAUCAGCAUGACCAAAGAGGUCAUCUCAAAGGUCCUAUCAGGCACAUAUUCACAGAAUACACAACUGUCGCAAGAAAUUUCAACAUUCCUCAACGUUGCUACCUUCUUGGAUCCUCGGUACAAGAAGUUGCCUUUCCUGUCUGCGCAAGAACGCUCAAAAGUUGAGAAUCACAUCAUCGAGGAGGCAAAAGCAAUCCUUGAGAAGCAGAUUGCAGAGCGAUCGUGCCUAGAUGAUUUCUCUUUGGUAUCUGAUGAGCCACCUAGCAAAAAGCAGACACCUAUUAGAGAAUCUUCAACCAGCAGUGUAACCCAAGAAAACCCUUUGGCGGCGAUAUUUUGCCAGUCUGAUGCAGACCAGAGCCAGGAGGAGCUGCACGCACAGGUGGUAGAGGAACUGAGCAACUACAAAUCACAAAGAGUCCUAGGCCUGAAUGAAGACCCUUUACUGUGGUGGUCAAGUCAUGCCCCCUUGUUCCCCACUCUCCCCAAGGUGCUCCAGAGGUACUGGUGUGUUCCUGCCAUGAGUGUACCUUGUCACAGGCUGUUCAGCUCCUCUGGUACUGUACUUUGUGGGAAAAGGAACCGUAUAGCUCCAGCUUUAGUAGAUCAGCAGGUAUUCUUGUAUGAGAACUCACGAAGCUACUAUGAGCCUGAACCCUGUGAGGAUAAUUUGGACAACGUUUGGGAAGAAAACUCUUGUCAGCCACUUGGAUGACUGCUUACAACUGCAAGAAAGUCAAAUAAUUUACUUUAUUCCUUGCAUAUUGUGUGGCCUGCUGCCAGACUUGCUGAAACAUUAAAAGAAAUAUAAUCAAGGCAUCAGUCACUAGUAUGAAAAUGUAAUGGAUGUGUUUUUUUGAAUUUUGAAAAGAGUAUUGGCCUCCAUUGUCUAGCCAAGUCACUUUGAACGAAUUGUGUAUUUUGCCGUCUUUCUGAGAGUGAGAUGAGAUGAACGUCGAGCUAGCUAACCUGGAAGCAGGAGAAACGGCUGUCUAAAGUUCAAAAACACACCUGCCGCGUCUUCAAGGCCCACUAGUUUACUCCAGUUUGUUUAAUCUGUAAACAGAAAUGUAAAAACCAACUGUUGGGCUGUUGUUCCUGAAGACAUGGCUGCAACACAACACUUCAUUUAACCAUGCUAGUAUUGUGAUUCUUGGUCCAAACUAAAUAUCUCAACAAGUAUUGGAUGGAUUGCCAUUAAUUCUUCAACAGAUAUCCAUCUUCACCAGUGGACAAAAAACGUGAUUUUGAUCUCCUAAUUUUUAGUAUAGUUGGCUAACUUUUUUUUUUGUUGCUAUAUAAAAUGUCUCAACAACUAUUGGAUGGAUAGCCAUGCACUUUGGUGCAGACAUUUAUAGCAUGGCCUCAGCUGUUUAAGAAAAACUAACACACUAAUUCUCUAAAUUAAAAUAUAAAUUAAAAUUAAAAUGAACACGAUAAACAUUUUACCUGCCAACCUUUGCACGUUAGCAUAGUCAUUGUGAGCGUGUUUGCAAAUAUUCACUGUUAAAUGUUAACACAGCUGUGAAAAAGAAGCCUUAAACUGCUAGCAUGGCUGUAAAGAUGGUGUUGAGAUGGUGUCGGGCUUUUUUCUACUUUAACGCACAAUAAUGUGAUUGAAGUCAAUCCUAUCAUCUCAUUCACAGAAAGAAAGAAAGAGAAAGCAGAAUGUGUAUAAAAGUCUGGAAGCCAAAUAAUUAACUUUAUUUAAUUGCGCAAAUUUAAAAAAUAUCGAAAUCGUUAAACUGCUGUGGUUACAUUUUUUGCUUUAUCAUCGCAGUCGUAUUUUUUUCUUCUAAAUCUGCACAGUAAAUGUCCUUCAAGAGCAGAACCAUUCAUAAUUUCUGACUGUACAAAUCUGUAUUUAAAAGCUAAGAGUAUUGUAGUGAUUAUAGAAAAGUAUAUGUUGAUGUCUGUCACUGUCACUCAGCAUGUUAUAAGCUCUGAAUUUUUGAAUUUUUUCUUUUGCGCUAUAAUUUUUUUCAGGCUCUGUGACUCAACUUUGUUGUUACUUUUAUUGGCGAUGUCUUUCUCUGCAGAACACUACAUAUUAAGAUGUAAAAGAACAGUAUGAAAGUAAAGAUUUUCUUUUGAACAUUGACCCGUUUGAUGUCCAAACUUAUUAUUGCAACACUGAUACACUGUUAUGCAAUUUCUCAGCAUUAACAUGGGCACGAUUAAUUUAUUAACAGUUUUAUGUUAUUGUUUGCCAAUUAAACCUUCCUGCCCUAACAUCCACAUGCUUUACCCUUCUGUUUUGGUCCUUGUCAAUCAGAUGUCAGAGUCCACCUUUGAUUAGAGCAUGCACCCUCAGCAGCAUCUAAUUGGACAGAUGAACUGCUCCAAAGAAGUUUUACGAGUCCUGACUGUGCUGUAACUACAUGUAAUCCUAACUGUUACACACAAAAAAAUUCGAAGGAUUGCAUCGUGUUCUUAUGUGGUGCCUUCUCUCCUCCU